AUGGAGGAACUGAAAAGAAAGAGGGACGCCCUUCGCAACACUGCUGAUCAGACUGGAAGAACGGAAGACGUACAAGCCUGGAGACGACAAUCAGCUGUCCUAAGGCGAGCUAUAUUACAAGAUAAACGGACUACCUUUGAUAACUUCAUCUCAAAUAGCAAAUAUCCAAGUGAUAGCCAACGCACUUUCAAAUUCCUGAAAAACCUGCUAACGCACUUUCAAAUUCCUGGAAAAUCUUCAAGAGAUUUAAAGAUACAAGUAAGACGCUUUGGUGGAAUUAAGGAAGACACAACAAUACCAAAUAAUGUACCUACUGAACCAUUCAGACCUUGCGAACUGAAUGCUGCAACAAAACAGCUAAAGUACAAGAAGUCUCCUGGCGAAGACGGUAUUCAUCCAGAAUUUCUAAUUAGAAUGGGACCAAAAGCCAAGGAAACCAUGCUGACGCUUUUCAACUUUGACAACUAUAGGCCCAUCUCCCUCACAAGCGCGCUGGCUAAACUUAUGGAAAGAAUGGUCAACAGGAGGCUGACCUUGUUCCUUGAGUCCAACAAUGUUCUUAGGAAUGAACAAGCAGGUUUUUAA